AAUAGAUUUCUGAACUAAUAACAAGUAUACAAUUUAUCUUUUUCCCGAAAAUCUUCCUCCAAAAGUAUAUAUAUUCUACUUAUAUGAUUUAAUAAAAUCGACCGUACGACCGUAUGGCACUACUUAGACUUAGCAGUGAUUACUAUAAUUAGCAAGAGAGCCAGCUAUGAAUUAUCUUAACCUCUUAUCUGUAGAUAAUUUACUCACACUAGAUGACAAGUACAUCGGGCACUACUGCGGAUUUUUUGGGUCGCCUGGGUCGAGACCACGUGUGGAACAGUUGGAGCGCUCGGAGCAAGAACGCGUGUUUGGGCUAUAGAGUUCGGGACACUCCGAUCGAACAAAUCUAAUAUAUACCGUCCCAUCGUCCACCCACGUGUGCAAAGAUAUGUGAGCCGCAGUACGUCUUCUGCUUCGACAGUCCAGCCUCCAAUUGUUUAUGAUCUCGAGACCACCGACCCACCAAGUGGCUCUGCAGCUAGGAUAGACAUUUCUCACCUUGGGGGUAAUAGGUGAGCUAUGUCACGACACGGCUUCCUGAGUCAUGUGUUGUCGAGCUCGCGCCCCUAUCGCCAGGCCUUCACUAGCCUGCCGCGAACUCCUCGCAAGCGCGUCGUUGUCACCGGCUUAGGCGUUGUGUCACCACUCGGACUAGGCAGCCAGUACGCCUGGGGCCGACUCCUCGAAGGCCACUCAGGUGUUACUGCUCUGGAUGGCCCCGACUAUGAAAAGCUACCCUGCAGAAUCGCUGCGUUGGUACCUAAAGGAGAUGGCCCGUAUGAACUGAACUUGAAAACAAAGUUUACAACCAGUGAGUUGCGAACAAUGUGUCCUGCCACAGCUUACGCUCUGAUUGCUGCAGAGGAAGCUCUUAAUGACGCCAAUUGGAAACCAGAGAGAGAGAAUGACAAACAAAACACUGGGGUUGCAGUAGGAAUGGGAAUGAUCGACUUGGUUGAUGUAUGCCAAAUGUACGAACAACUAAAGAAGGGAUAUACCAAAGUUAGUCCCUAUUUUGUGCCCCGAAUAUUGCCAAACAUGGCUGCUGGUCAGAUUAGCAUAAAGUACGGAUUCCGAGGACCCAAUCACUCUGUGUCCACCGCGUGUGCAACGGGAGCACAUGCCAUAGGUGACGCCUUUCAGUUCGUGCGCGGCGGAGGGACGAGCGUAAUGGUAUGCGGUGGUGCCGAGGCAUGCAUCAGUCCCCUGGCUAUCGCUGCGUUUUGUCGACUCCGAGCCUUGAGCACCUCCAAAAACGACUCUCCACAAGAGGCGUCCCGACCUUUUGACAGCAAUCGGGAUGGCUUCGUUAUGGGUGAGGGUGCUGCCAUUCUGGUGCUAGAAGAGCUUAAUCACGCUCUAGAGCGUGGAGCCCACAUUUACGCCGAGGUUCUGGGUUACGGAUUGUCGGGUGAUGCGACCCACCUUACCGCUCCCAGCGAGGACGGUGCCGGAGCCCUACUUGCCAUGGACCGUGCUCUCAAGGACGCUGGCAUCCACUCUAGAGAGAUCACAUACGUAAACGCGCACGCAACCUCUACGCCCCUCGGCGAUGCCAUUGAGCUGCGGGCUAUCGAAUCGCAGUUUGGCGAGCAUAGCAAGCACGUUACUGUCUCGAGCACCAAGGGGGCUCAUGGACACCUUCUCGGUGCAGCUGGUAAUUUGGAGGUUUCCUUUACCGUUCUUGCUCUGGAAAAGGGAAUCAUACCACCAACGAUAAAUCUGCAUAGUAUUGAUGGACAAAGCAACUUGCAGUUUGCUGCCAACAAGUGGAAAAGUUGGUCUGUCGAUUCUAAGAGGGUGGCUUUAAAGAAUGCCUUCGGCUUUGGUGGAACGAACGCGUCGCUCUGCGUGGCACAGUAUGUCCACUGAUGGAUUUAAUGCGACAAACUUGAAGAUGGUGAACAUGCCAAUGCGUUCUUGUAAAUAUAAACAUGUUCAUAUUUUAUGUGUAAAUAAGAGGUUAAUUAAGUUAUUUUGUUAUUUGUUGGAGGUUUUUGAUAAUGAGACACCGGUUUUCAUGUAAAAAGAAAGUCAUUAUUUUUGCGACGUUACAUGAAACAAUGAAAUUUUUAAAUAUUUUGUUAACUUUAUACCAUGUGGAUAUAUAUAUAUAUAUAUAUAUAUACAUAUAUAUACAUACAUACACUGAUGUACGCUCUUCAACUUUUUAAACGGCACAUCGCUAGAUAACUUGCAAAAGAUGUGCUGUACUAAAAGAACUUUCAAUUUCUACAUUGCUGAUGAAAAACAGGAGAUGUAAAAAUAACAUUUGUAUUGGAAUGCAACGUUUAUUUUAUAUUAAAUCUUUGAUAAAGAUAAA